AUGCUGCCAGCGGUAUCCACCGCAGAAGCACAAAUGCUUCAAAUGCGUCGCGUGUUCAAAAGCGCGGUCUGGUAUAUAUUCGGCAUUUUCAAUGACCCAAGUUUCAAGGCUAAGGCUCCUACAGAAUGUUUGUUCGAUGCUGCACCUGAUGGGAUGCUAAGAAGUCAAGGAUAUGUCGCGACACUCGAAGCUCGGAUCCAAAACCUCGAAAGACAAUUAAAGGCGAACAAAAACGGAUCAUCAAGGCAGAAGGACCAGGCGAGUCUUACGCCAGAGACAACAUUCUCACAUUCACCUGCCAAUAUGAGACACAUGUCGCCUCGAAUCCUUUUCAACACGCAAAUCGACACAAUGCACGAAUCUACUCGACACACCGAGUCCAAGAGCCUUUGCGAUGCCCAGUUCCCAAAACGAGGCUCUUUUCACGACCGCUCCGUGCAAAACGAACAGUCCUCGAGCGUACGUUCAGGAUAUUCAGCCGAGAAGAAAAGCCCGCGGCAAGACAUCAGCAUCCUGGGCGUCAUUAACAACGGGGCACUUGAUUCGAGACUCAACAAAGAUACCUUACCAGAUCUUCCAUCUGAUGACCGUGCUCGUGAACUUGUGGAUACUGUUUACUUUUACACCCAGGCACGGUAUUGCAUUAUCGAUUGGGCUCAGCUACGGGAAUGGCACCGCGACCGGGAGAUGAUAGCUUAUACCUCCCCAGAAGGUCCAGCAGAACAGCAAACUGGCACCUUCUUUAUUUGGAUAAUUUAUGCGAUCGGUGCUUGCCUAGUACCAAAUCCUGAGAGUUCAACAGAGGAAUACUUUUCCCGUGCUCAACUGUACAUCCCUGCGGUUAUGUCUUUCCAAAGCCUGGAAACUGUCCAGGCACUGCUAUGCCUGACACAAUACUAUUUUAGAGCUCCGAAUGAGUCUCUAAUCUGGGAUCUUGUCGGAGUUGCUUUGCGACUGUGCAUUAAGCUCAGGUAUCAUCGCAAGACUGCGAAUACGUCUACCAUGCAAAAUAAAACGGCUUAUCAGUUGGAGCUCCAAAAGCGAUUCUUCUGGUGCGCAUAUUGCUUCGACCGCCUGAUAUCCAUGAUGUCGAAGCUUCCUUUUGGAAUUAGCGACUCAGAAAUUGAUACUGAGGUGCCUGUUGAUAUAGACGAUACCUGUACAGAUGAGCAAGCGAUUCGAAUACUUCAGAUAAAGCAGGCAGCUGGAGACUAUACAUCUACAAACGGGACAACCACAACAAUGACUGCAGCGUUGCACCAUUUACAAGUAUACCGCAUAAGAUCUCGCAUUUUAACCCACUAUGCCGGGCCUCAUGCGCGAAUGCCAUCAUUAAAUGAAGUGCAGGACAUCCUCUUCGAACUGGACCAGUGGAGGCAGAACGCACCGCGCAAACAAGAAUCCAAAUCCUUUCCACAGCAGAACCCCGACAGAGUUCAAGCAAAUUAUCUCCAAGCAGUCCUUCUUUUGAUUCGCCCGAUUCUCACUGGGGAUUUGAUGAAUCUUGAUUUGAUCGGGCUGUGCGUCAUGUUCGCCGCUGAUGCAUGCGAGAGCGCGAAGGCCCUGAGUCUCAAUCCCCUGACCCUUCCAGACAGGAUAACAGUUUAUCAUUGCUUUUAUGCUGGGAUCACGUUACUACAAUGCUUGGUCAUAAAGCCUACGGCAUUGACACCCAGACAGGCCCAUCGGGCCAUUAGUGCUUGCCUAAGCGCAUUGGCUGUAUACACUCGGGUAUUGCCCGGUGUCGAGCCCUUCCUGCGACUGUUCGAGGAUGUUUCGAACUUAUUUGUUCAUGAUGGCCAUACUUCCGAGACGCAUCAAACUCCCAAAGUGAGAGAUUUGCUAAACAAGAUUAUUUCCAGCGAUCCCUCGGAAACGUCAAGUAUCUUGCAAUCACUGUCCCAUCACGAAGGUCAACCAAUUACCUCGCCGACAACACCUGGCAUACUAGAAGGGCAAACAAUGGCUGUUCAAUACGAUUCUGUCCUUGGCGGACAGGCUUCUGUAGCUCCAUUCGAGAUGCCUCUGGACAUUUCUCCUCUCCAUGUGCCCGAUGCCCAAAUCAUGGAUAUGUGGACCAGUUCGUGGCUAGAUAGUGCAUCGGCAUCCCAGUGA